AUGACUACUAGCACCUCACUAGUAGAAACAGUGAAUAUCAAUGUGGACGACUUUUCGGAGACAUUUCUGACAUGCUCAACGUGUCUCUACACUUAUGAUGGGAAUACCCGCAAGCCGAAACUUCUUCCGUGCUCCCACUCCGUCUGUCUGUAUUGUGUGACUCAGUUGGCCGGUCUUAGUGCAGAGACAAUUCCCCCAACACUCCGAUGUCCUCUAUGCCGUGAGAUUUGUCCGAUCCCUGCAGGCGGAGUCAUCUCCUUCCCAGCCGCCUUCUUUAUCAACCAAUUAUUGGAUGUAAUGCAGAGACAACGAAAAGAUGUGGUCCCGUCGUGUUCAAACCAUCCAUCCGACCAACUUCUGUAUUGUGAAACAUGUGAUUUGGUUUUCUGUGAGCAUUGUCAAACUUCUGUCAUAAACAAAAAAUGCGACGAGCAUACUGUAGUCCCCCUCUCUAUCGCUAUCAAGAGAAUGUCUGAAAUCGUGGUGUACCGAGCGAAGGGACGUCUUCGAGCACUCGACGACGCACAUGUGGCGGUGAAUCGAGAAAUUGUGCAAUUGGAUGGAAAUGUUGACAAAAUUGUGGAACAGAUCAAUACGGCGAUUCAGGAAGUGUCAAAUCUGGUCGAGAACCGACGUCGUGUACUUAUCGAGACGGUCCGUGUUCGACGGGAUGAGAAGCGAAAAGUGUUGAAAGACCAAUUGGAAGUGAUACAGGACGAGAAGAAGAAAUUACAGAAGGAACUGGAAUCCUGCAAAAUGGACAUCCGAUCAAUGGCUCGCCAACUGAAAGACGGUGCCGCCGAAGACAAUUGGCAACGGAAAAUCAUUGAGCCCCGAGAAAAUGCAUUCUUGAGAAUUAAUACGAACUCAGAGCAGAUGCUUGUCGACGUGGAGAAGAAUUUGAACGAAUUCGGAAAACUCUAUGCGUCGAACACGUUCCCAGGAACGUCGACGAUUGAGGUGCCCACGCAUAUGGGCAUUCACGUCGAGAAUACGGUCACUUUGAUCACCCGCGACGUCGACGGUAAGGCUCGAAAAACUGGCGGUGACCCGGUGGAAGUGGAGCUGGAACUAAUUGCUCUCGACUCUCAUUUAUCCACAAAUCGUCUGGCAGAUGCGUACAAAAAACGCGCCGAAGAAGAGGUCAAAAAUAUCAGAGUGGCAGAUGAGAAUGAUGGAACUUAUCAGUUGUAUUUCAAACUAACGCACGCGGGCGACUACCAAAUCUCGGUGAAAAUCUUCGGCCGUCCGGUGGCCAACAGUCCCCUCCAAAUUCGAAUCAACAACUGGCAUUCGUAUGAUUGGCAAAUGCCGGUCACAUUCAAGUAUCCGACAAAAUGCUGGUGGGAUGAACCGACGAAACGGAUGUUUGUACUGGAUUCCGGAAAUAAGAGGGUACGAGUGUUACGAGAGGAUGGAGAUGUGAUUACCGAUGUCAGGAAUGACGAGUUUAAGAGCGGUACCGUCGGCAUGGUCUACCUCGGUAACGAGGAGCUCGUCGUGCUCUCCUGGCAACAAAAAAUGCUGAGCAAACUAAAUACCCGUGGAGAGAUUCUGAAGGCCGUUCAAUUCUCGGAAUUCUAUCAGCCGACCGAUGUGGCCGUCGACUCGCGCGGCCGAUUCGUCAUUGCGGAUAAGACGAAAAUCUUCAUUUUCGACGCCAACUUCAAACCGGUCCUCAGUUUCCCAGUCAGAGAGACGAAAGGUGCCGAGGUGAAGUGUGUUGGCGUGGGGAUGGAUGAUGACGUCAUUGUUGGAACGACCGAUGAGCUGUUACUGUAUGAUGGUGCUGGAAAGAUGAUGAGACGGUUGAAUGUGUCACCUCCGGGCACUGUGAUGCCGAAAAUUGGCGGUCGUUUCAACAUCACCACCGUCACGUGUGACGUCACCACCGGUCAAAUCGUCGUCAUCUUCACCGACAAAAAGAUGGAUCGUACGACGAUUGGUGUUGUCAGUUACAAGGGAGAUUUUCUCUAUUCCAUCGAACCGGGACCCCACGAGAAAUUCAUGGCGCCCUGUGGCAUUUUUGUCCACAAAAAUAAGGCAUUUGUGACGGAUUUCGAAAGGAACACUGUCAGAAGUUAUAAGUAUAAGUAA